AUGGAAGGACCAAAGGCAAUCGAGCAUCAAAUUGGAGAAGUCCAUGAUAUUCUUCGAUUCGGUCUUGAUUCCAAGAGAGGCGACAUCAUUGGAUCUCACCCUCUUGAAUCUGCAUUGCUAUCUGUGGAGAAAAAUCAAGAGGACAUGAAGAGAAUAACACUUGCAAACGCUUAUGGGGCAGCUUUUCCUGUUCAGAUGGGUAUCGAAAGGCAGAUGCUGUCUAGAUUCCGGAGGCCUCCAGGACCAAUUCCAUCUUCAAUGCUAGGACUGGAGGCUUUGACUGGAAGUUUGGAAGAUUUUGGUUUUGAGGAUUAUCUGAAUGGGAAAAAGGCACAGAGAGAAGGACAAGACAAGACAGGUAAAAAAGUGGUCCAAAAGGUUAAUUAUACGAAGGCCAAAGAGGAGGUGGUAAACUGGGAAUGGAAAUCCAUUCCUCUGAUGCCAUCCAAACAUGUUCUCAAUGAGUUGGAUGGUGCACAAAUUUUCAUCAACAUUAUGGACUCUCGGCGGGCUCCAAGAACAGUAAGCGACCCGAAAGUCCGUAAAGUCGGGUUUUUUACUGCUCCACCCGACCGUUCCCUAUCCGGUCCACCCGACCACCCAAUCCCCUCCUUCUCCACUUCCCCUACUCCUAUCGUCGACAACUCCCCUCCUUCCGCCGGUAACUCUCUCUCUCCCGUCAUGAUCCCUCCUCCUCGCCACUCCUCCGCCGCUCUCUCCCCUCUCCGCCGUGACUCCGCUGAAUUCAUCCCCCUCCUGUUUCUCCCACUACUUCCGCCUCUUUCUCCGAUGAUGUGA